AGAUUCGUUCUGGUAUUAUCAAACCCCGCAUAUUCAAAAGACUGCUAGCGUUGCUCUGUGCAGUUACAAAGUGAACUUAUGUGACAACCGCUUGUAAAGAGGACUCAACUGUGCCGCUGUCCUGCAGCGGUUGGCGUCGCCUUAAAUUGCUACUGCUCACAGAUGUUGCUAAUUAGCGACCAUGAACAAAACUGCUGCUACAAGAUUCUUACUCUGAAGUCCAAACGAGCUGUUUGAACGUAACGUUCACACUGGUUCUUUUAGCCAAAGUAGUUUUCGCUCAAAGAAAAAGUAAAUAAAGAGCUCUGACAGAGUUGCUCCUCUUCGUCCUGAAUCCCGUCCGCGGACAAGACUAUGAUCCCGGGGUGCUUCUCCAACUCUGGAGUGGACUCCCGAAGCCUAUCCCGGCUGUUUUCGGUUGAACUUGAGUUUGCUGUACAGGAUGAGGAUGAGGCUGAAAGCGGCUGUCUCAUCUGGAUCUCAGCACUUUGACUGGAGCUCCGGAUGGUUUUGAGAGCUCACAAACUGCCGGGCGUAGGGAGUGGCUGGAGCGGCGUCUCUGGAGUGUCUUUUAUGAGUAAUCAAAGGCAACAGAAGCCUACGCUAACAGGUCAGCGUUUCAAACCUCGAAAAAGAGAUGAAAAAGAGAGGUUUGACCCAUCCCAGUUUCAGGAAAGCAUCGUGCAAGGUCUAGAUCAAAGCGGCUCUGAUCUGGAAGCUGUCGCAAAGUUCCUCGAUACCUCUGGUGCCAAGCUCGACUAUAGACGAUAUGCCGAGACUCUGUUUGACAUCCUGGUGGCUGGAGGAAUGCUGGCCCCAGGUGGUACUCUGUCUGAAGACAUGACCUGCACAGAUUUUUGUGUCUUCAAAGCACAAGAAGACAUGGAGACCAUGCAAGCAUAUGCACAGGUCUUCAACAAGCUCAUCAGACGUUACAAAUACUUGGAAAAGGGAUUUGAGGAGGAAAUCAAAAAGCUGCUGCUGUUUCUCAAGGGCUUCACAGAGGCUGAACGGAACAAACUGGCCAUGCUCACGGGAAUUCUGCUGGCCAACGGCAAUCUCUCUGCAUCCAUUCUCAGCAGCCUCUUUAAUGAAAACCUGGUCAAAGAAGGUGUUUCAGCCUGCUUUGCCGUGAAACUCUUUAAAUCCUGGCUUUCCGACAAGGACAUAAACUCAGUUGCUGGCAGUCUUCGGAAAGUUGGCAUGGACAACAGACUUCUGGAACUGUUUCCUGCAAACAAACGUAGUAGUGAGCAUUUCACCAAGUACUUUGACGAUGCAGGGCUAAAGGAGCUUUCAGACUUUGCCAAAAACCAACAGUCUAUAGGUGCACGCAAGGAGCUACAGAAAGAAAUUGAAGAUCAGAUGUCACAAGGAGACUCCCUCAAGGACAUUAUCGCAUACACCCGAGAGGAAAUGAAGAAGAGCAACAUCUCAGAGCAGACAAUGGUUGGACUGAUUUGGUCCAGCGUGAUGAGCUCCGUGGAGUGGAACAAAAAGGAGGAGCUGGUCGCAGAACAAGCCAUUAAACACUUAAAGCAAUACAGCCCACUGUUGAAGGCUUUUACCUCCCAGGGAUAUUCUGAACUCACACUUCUGCUAAAGAUCCAGGAGUACUGCUAUGACAACAUCCACUUUAUGAAGGCCUUCCAGAAAAUUGUUGUUCUGCUCUACAAAGCGGAUGUCUUAAGCGAGGAAGCAAUUCUGAAGUGGUACAACGACGCCCAUUCGUCCAAAGGAAAAAGUGUUUUUGUGGAUCAGAUGAAAACUUUUGUCGAAUGGCUUAAAAACGCAGAGGAAGAGUCUGAAUCAGAGGAAGAAGAAACAGACUGAGGAUUCUAAACGACAAAUUCAAUGCAUUAUUUCAAUUUAACUAUAUAUGAGAUGCUGUCAAAAGAUUAUUCUUCUUUUUUAUUUUAUUUUUUCACAGAAGUCCCUCUACGUUCUUUUAAUACUCUACCUCUGCAUAUCAACUGUCAUAGAAGGGCUUUAAUAUUCUUAGGACUUGCUUCCUCUAUAAAUCAAUACCUGUACUUCUCUUUAUAUUUCUUAAGGACACGAUCUCAGUGCCAGAUGGAGCUGAAUGGGUAUAAACUAUUCCUUUCAAACAAGUUUUUCUUUUUUCUUUUUUUGAGGAAGGCAGUUUCCUUCUAAAUUAUCCGGUUUAAGGAAUUUCAAAGAUUCUGUCUUUAGUCAGUUUGCCAGAGGUCCUUAUGUGAAGCUGUGAUAUGCUGGUCAGGCAAAAGACAAACUGUUUUCUGACCUCAUUUUAGAUCUCUGCCAAUGAUGUGACAACAUUGAAUUUACUGCCAGUUUUUAGAUUCAGCCUUCAUUAUUGGUAAUGGAGCAAUGCCAUUUUACACAAUCAUGUUGAUGGAGGAAAAUAUUGCCCCUCAAAAUUAUUUUUGUUUUUCCGGAACAUCUUAUGUCAUUUUUGUAGCGUUUUACUCUUAAAUCACAAAUUUUAAAAUAAAGAGAAGUUAUCGUCCUGAA